CAGAGCAAGCCGUACAGAAUGAAGAUACAGGGUGGGGCCCACUCUCCGGCGAGGUUCCCGCCAAAUGGUCCAACCUCAUCUUCCGGUUUGAACCUCAAUGUGACCGCUGAUGCCAGACUUCGUCGCCGGAAAACCAGGAGGCCCGGCUCUGCCGGCGCCGGGUUCCGGAUGCGGAGGUCCGGGACUCCGGCGGGGAGGGGGAGCGUGCUCACGACUCCUCUGCUUCGGUGGAAGUUCGACGAUGAUGAGUUCGGGGUUGGUGCCGGCGGGGAGAGUGUGGCCGGACGGAGGGGUGUGAGGAGAGUGAGGAGUGGCGGCGAGGUUGAUGUUUCGGCGAGGAGGCUCGCCGCCGGGCUGUGGCAUCUGAGUUUAGCCGCGGAGAGUUCGGGCGGCGGCGGUGGUGGUCGUGGCGGUGGUAAAGGCGGAGACUUGCAAUGUGCAUCGUACGAUCGGUUAGGGCUUGAGUCUGGAAGGAUCACAAAGCCCUAUCAUCAACACGGUCCAGAUAUAAAGGAUUUGUUACAAAGCCCUCCUUCCUUAUCUGGUCCAAAAAAUGGAAUUCUGUCUAAGGUUGAGUCUUCUUUGCCCUUGUCCAAAUCUGCAUUGGAGAGGGCAACAAAGUGGGACAGUGGGUAUUCAAGAUCAUCGGAUGAGUUUGGCCACUUUUACAGCCAGAUGAAGCUUCAUGAAGAUGGACAGCUUAGUACUGUCUCAGUUGUUUCCACUUUGCAAGCAGAACUCUUGCAGGCUCGGACCCGAAUUCAUGAACUUGAGGCUGAGCGGCAUUCCUUCAAGAAGAAACUUGAACACUUCUUGAAGAAAGUUAAUGAGGAUAGGACCUCAUGGCAGAGCAGGGAACAGCAGAAAAUCCGUGGAAUCAUUGAUGACUUAAAGGAUAAAUUGAACAUAGAAAGAAAAAAUCGCCAGAGGAUGGAAAUCCUUAACUCCAAAUUGGUUAAUGAGCUAGCUGAUGCUAAGUUAUCUAUGAAAGAGUUCAUGCAAGAAUAUGAGAAAGAAAGAAAGGGUAGAGAGCUAAUGGAGGAAGUUUGUAAUGAGCUAGCUAAGGAAAUCGGAGAAGACAAGGCCGAAGUUGAAUCAUUCAAGAGGGAAUAUGUGAAAAUUCGUGAGGAAGUGGAAGAAGAGAGGAAGAUGUUGCAAAUGGCUGAGGUCUGGCGUGAAGAGCGGGUCCAGAUGAAGCUGGUUGAUGCAAAGCUGACUCUUGAAAAUAAGUAUUGUCAGAUGAAGAAGCUCGUAGCAGACCUUGAAACUUUUCUAAGUUCAAGAAGUGCAACCUUGGAUGUGAUGGAGUUGAGGCAUGCUGAGUUGAUCCGGCAGGCUGUGAACUCUGUAAAGAUUCAAGACAUCAAAGAAUUUUCAUAUGCGCCCCCCAAAACAGAUGACAUAUUCUCCAUUUUUGAAGAGCUGAAAAAUGGUGAAGCAAAUGGGAGAGAGAUUGAACCAUGCACAAAUUACAAUCCCCCCACCCAUGCUUCCAAAAUCCAAAAUGGGAAUCCUGAGGUCAAUAGGUUUAGCAAAAGCCCUUUGCAGAAGUGUCCAAAUGGCUUUGUCGAUCAUAACAGGUGUUUAGAAGAAGAUGCCAGUGGCUGGGAAACUGUUAGUCGUGCUGAGGAUCAGGGUUCAAUUUAUUCCCUGGAAGGGAGUGAUUACUCCGUCAAUAGGUUUAGCCAAGGCCGCAAUGCUUCAAGGAGUGGAAUAGAAUGGGAUGAGAAUGCAGGUCAAGAUUCUCCUCAUACUGCAACCAGUGAGGUCUGCUCAGUAUCAGCAAAGCAAUCAAAGCAGACAAAGCAGAAUGCAUCUUCAGUAUCCAAACUUUGGAGAUCAUGCUCAAGUAAUGGUGAAAUAUACAAGAUAAUCUCAGAUGAGGGUAAUGCAAGGCUUUCAAAUGGAACGAUUACUAGUGUGGGGACCAUGUCUCCAAGUAGAGGAUUGGGUGAAGGUGGUCUCAGCCACCAAGACUUGGUGGACCAAUGGAGCUCACCGGAGACAGGGAAUCCACAUGUAACUCGAGGGGUGAAAGGGUGCACUGAACACCCACAAGGAACCCAGAGUAGUUUGAAAGCCAAGCUCUUGGAGGCAAGGAUGGAAAGCCAGAAAAUCCAAUUGCGUCAGGUUCUUAAGCAGAGGAGUUAGGUAAACCAAGUCAUCAAAACUUUGCUGUUUGAGCAAAUGGACUAGAACAAGAAUGUAGCUGUCUCUGUCUCUCCAGCUGUAUAAGGUAGUAUAGUUGACCAUGUUAAGAUAUUGCUGAAGUUGGUGGGCGGAACCUUCAAAAUGUAAUGGAUGCAAGGUUUUCCAGUGGGCCCGCCUGCCUGGCUUCUUGCCUUUUGUAUUCAUUGAUCAUUUGCAGCCCUGGUAAGAAUUUCUUCCAAUCACUUGCAGAUGUGUAUUUACAAGUGUACUUGCUUGGACAACUCAGGUAUCUGUGAUCCUGAAUAGAUGCUUUGUUUUAUAAGAGUAUACCAUGUUCUUAUCCUGGCCAUUUGAAGGCAAGCUAUGUGAACCAUCAUAUGUAACUUAUGACAAUACAAUUGAGAAAAUCCAUUCAUAUCAGAAGGAAUUACAUCAAUCUCCUUCCUUUCCCUCCCUCA